ACUGUCUCUAUGGACACCACCAUUAACAUUGAUGGAUAUGAGGUGAAGUGUCGAGGCGCUCAUUCCUAUUCGUGGCAGGAAGAUGAAGGGGACGCCUCCGAUCCGGGCCUUGUAAUGACAGGAACCAAGUGUGGAGAUGGCAUGGUGUGUCAAGAUCGCCAGUGUAAGAACGCCUCCUUCAUCGACCUGGAGAAGUGUCUAUCUCAAUGUAGCGGACAUGGGGUGUGCAAUAGUAACAAGCACUGCCACUGUCACGCUGGCUGGGCGCCUCCCUACUGUGACAAGUCUGGCCAAGGUGGCAGCGAGGACAGCGGACCCGUACCGGACGACUAUGGCCUCAUCGUCUUCCUGCUGCUUCUCUUCCUGGUUGUCCUCCCAUUGGUGGCCUAUGGCUUCUAUUACUGGUACCGAAAGCCCAAUUCUCAGUUCAGCAAGUGGCUGAAGAAGAGCAAAGCCAAGUGCAGAAUGGGUAACCCUCCUCGCCAGCAGCAGCCGCGCGCUCAGUCCAAAACAAUCUUCACGCAGCGCACCGUUCCCCCAUCUGCUGCCCCGCCGGCCGCACAGAAGAGCUCUUGGGGCGUCUUUCAUGGAAAAAGCAGUGCGUCAACAAGCAGUUCUCAGCCGGUCAACAUCGUGCGCCCUCUACACCCGCCCUCCAGCCAGACGACCAAAUCCUUCAUACAGCUGAAGCCAUCCAGACCACCUCCACCAGUCAAAUCAUCACCCAUCAUUCCGGCAAAAGAGGAGAGCCAGCUCAAAAAGCUUCUACCUCCAAAGAAACCACUGCCCAACUGUCCUGUCCGCACUCCACAGUUAAAUCCUCCUCGGAAGCCGCUGCCUGGAAACCCAAUCCAGAAGAAGGACUGUUUACUUGUCUUGUCAUGACACCGGCCAACAGUAAACCUCCCAUCACUGAAUCCGCCACCCAGCUUAAAGGACACCACUGGCCAAAGCCAGGAAGCAAAGUUCAAGCAGCGGCAGCGGCAUUCCUCCAGAAACAAUGA